AUGGCGCUUCAGCUCCAACGUCACGGCGCACGCUUCCCAGAUGAUAAUGCGUCGGCAUACAGGCACGCCGUACAUCAGCUCGCGCGCGCACGCAAGUACCAUUCACACCUCAAAUUCAUGAACGACUACGAGUACGCGCUCGGUCAGGACGACCUCAUCCCGCUCGGCGCCACGCAGAGCUGGGCAUCUGGCGCGGAGGCAUGGGCGCGUUAUGCGGCGCUACUCGGCAACGCGGGAGAUGAAUCGAUCUUCAUUAGGGCGUCGGACAUGCCGCGCGUGGUGGACAGCGCGGGGAACUGGUCGACUGGCUUUGCGCAUGCGAGCCAGGGGCACAUACAUCCGAAGAUCGACGUGCGUCUUUCGGAGCAGGCGAACAGCACACUGAACAAUGACUGCCCGAACGCGGGCGGUGGUACGGAAGAGAUGAAUACGUGGCUGCAUCAGUUUGUGCCGCCGAUCAUUAAACGUCUGACGAAGGCAGCGCCGGGCGUGAACCUCAGCGAGGAGGACGUAUUCAGCCUGAUGGCGAUGUGCCCGUUUGAGAGCAUGACCAACGCACGAGUGGAUGGUUUGGAAGAGAGUGGCAUCUACGAGAGGAGUCGCUUGCUCGCCAAGCAGAAAGCGAGGAGCCCGUUCUGUGACCUGUUCACCAAGGAUGAAUGGCGAGCAUUCGAGUUCCAUGGAGAUGUCGAGAAGUAUUACAAGACUGGGCCCGGAAACUCGCUCGGACCUGUGCAGGGCGUCGGGUAUACAAACGAGCUGCUCGCGCGGCUGACUAACACGCCUGUGCGCGACAACACAACGUACAACGCGUCGCUGCCGUUCCCGCUCGGGCACGCACUCUACGCGGACUUCUCGCAUGAGAACGCGAUGGUGGCGGUGUAUGCAACGAUAGGGCUGUUCGAUCGAGGGCCGCAUACGAAGGACGAUGCGGAACGCGUGUGGGUUGCGAACCGGAUGGUACCAUUCUCGGCGAGAAUGGUGACGGAGCGGCUGGAGUGUGGUGCCGGCACUGGUAGGACGCUGAUCGAAGGAUCAGAUGGGAAGACGCCGGAUGGGACCUAUGUUAGAAUCUUCGUCAAUGACGCGUUGCAGCCGCUGGAGUUCUGCGGGGCGCAAGGGGACGGGCUGUGUCGCUUGGAGGACUUCGUGGAAAGCCAGGGAUACGCGCGGAGGAGUGGGGAUGGCGAUUUUGAGAGGUGCUACAAUUGA